AUGGAAGUCAACCUGAGUAUAACCAACACCUCAGGGUUUCAAGUGUCUGAGUUCAUCCUGAUGGGGCUCCCAGGCAUUCACAGCUGGCAGCACUGGCUCUCCCUGCCCCUGGCUCUGCUCUACCUCUUAGCCCUUGGUGCCAACAUCCUCAUCAUGACCACCAUCCACCGUGAGCCAACCCUGCACCAGCCCAUGUACCAGUUCCUUGCUAUCCUGGCCUUAGUGGACAUUAGUCUGGCCACCACCAUCAUGCCCAAGAUUCUGGCCAUCUUCUGGUUUGAUGACAGGGCCAUACGCGUCCCUGAGUGUUUUGCUCAGAUGUAUGCCAUCCACUGGUUCUUCUUCAUGGAGUCAGGCAUUUUCCUCUGUAUGGCAAUAGACUGAUACAUAGCCAUCUGUCACCGUCUUCAAUAUCCCUCCAUAGUCACGGAUACUUUCAUGGUCAAAACCACAGUAUUCAUGGUACUGAGAAAUGGUUUGGUAACAAUCCCAGUGCCCGUACUGGCUUCCCAGAGACACUACUGCUCCAGGAAUGAGAUUGACCACUGCCUCUGCUCCAACUUGGGGGUUAUCAGUCUGGCCUGUGAUGACAUCACUGUGAACAAAUUUUACCAACUCUUCUUAGCAUGGAUCCUGAUUGGGAGUGACAUGGUUCUUGUAUUUUCUUCCUAUGCCCUAAUCCUGCGCUCUGUGCUGAGACUGAGCUCAGCAGAAGCCAUGUCCAAGGCUCUGCGCACCUGCAGCUCCCAUCUCAUCCUCAUCCUCUUCUUCUACACAGGGAUCAUUGUGCUGUCUGUCACACACCUUGCAGAGAAAAAGGUUCCCCUGAUCCCUGUGCUCCUCAACGUGCUGCACAAUGUCAUCCCCCCUGCCCUCAACCCCAUGGUCUAUGCGUUCAGAAUGAACGAGCUCAGACUGGGCUUUCAGAGGCUGCUUGGCUGA